UUACUGCACAGAGGUGGGCGUGUGCGGCUGCGAGGAGGGCUUCACGGAGGUGAUGCGGUCAGACGGGCUGCUGGACCAGUGCACUCUGAUCCCCGUGCUGGAGAUCCCCACGGCGGGCGACUCCCGGGCCGACGUCAAGACCAUCCGCGGCUUCAGCCCCACGCCACCCCUCGGUGACAACAUGCCGGGACGCUCCGGACGAACCUGGUUCCUGCAGCCAUUUGGACCAGAUGGGAAGCUGAAGACGUGGGUGUAUGGUGUGGCAGCGGGGGCCUUUGUGCUCAUGGUGUUCAUCGUCUCUAUGACCUACCUUGCCUGUAAAAAGCCAAGGAAGCCUCAGAGACGACAUCACCACCAUCACCAGAACAACCGACUCAAACCCCUCACGCUGGCCUACGAUGGAGACGCCGACAUGUAGACACACACACACACACACACACACACACACACACACACACACACACACACACACACAGACUCAAACCACUCAUGCUGGCCUAUGAUGGAGACGCCGACAUGUAGACACACACACACACACACACACACACACACACACACACACACACAGACUCAAACCGCUCACACUGGCCUACGAUGGAGACGUGGACAUGCAGACACACACUCUCACUUCCUGUUGCUAAUACUAUCUUAAGUCUGAACUAAAACAUCUACACAUCAAAACACACACGCACAUUCAGCUCCUGACACUUAUGCUAUUUCAGAGUCUGAACUAAAACACACACACACAUACACACACACACACACACAAAGAGAGACACACACACACACACACACACACACACACACACAGGAGCUCUCUGAUGUUGGGAUUUUUGUAAAGAACUCUGGAGGAUCCGAGCGACGGACGACGUGUUUAUAAGGAACCUCCGCAUACUCCCCACCCUCUCUCUCUCUCUCUCUCUCUCUCUCUUUUAAUACUUCUCUCGUUCUCUCUCUCUUUUUUAAUACCUCUCUUUGAAAACCCCCUCUGUUUCACGAGAGCCUUGGGACACUCUUGUCUUCUUUAGGAAGUCUGCCUUUUCGUCUCUGUCCAUCUUUGUUGAAUUUCUCUUCUGUAAGAUAAACUUGUGGCCGCCGUUCGGAGAGUGGGGCUGGUUGAGUGGGGGCAGUUUCCUUCCCUUCCCUGCCCCCCUAUCUGCCCUCAGCCCACACUGCUGCCCCCUACUGGAAACCCAACAGCACUGCAGGAGCGCAGAUCUGAAGAAGACAGAAGAGUGAUGCACAAAU